AUGGCGGGCCUCAAACAUUUCAAGAUGGCCAUGGACCCGGCCAUCAUCCGGCUGAACAACAUGAGCUCGAACCGAUACCAGUACUUCCGAUGGACGAGACGGACGGCCCUGAUCACAUUCAACUACGUGAUUCUGGUACCGGCGGUAAUUGGCGUGGCGGCAUACGCGACAGACGGCAAGUGGGACCUCAGGGCGAAGCGCAAGGGAGACCUGCUUGCUGAGUACUAG